GACUGUUGUUUUGUCUCAGGGUCUUAUCCAUACAACCAAGUUUCGUCACCGCUGUGGGACUAGCAGUAUGGUAACCGUGGUGUGCCACGCAGCUUCCUCCGUCACUGCUUCUUCUCACAUUCCACUCAAUUAUUAACCUUGAUGGAAAGCCUUGAAAAUCACUUCGGCAAUGUUAGGAGAUGGCCAUGGCAGGAAAUGUAAAUGGAAGAGAUGACACACUCAAUAAUGGGCUGGCUUCAACGGAAGGGAAAGAAUUAUACCAUCUUCACGGCAGGAUAUGGAAAUCACUGUAUGGGCUGUAUCCCUACAAGUCCAGUAUGAUCAGGCUGGAGGGACUGGAGCACCCCUCUAACGACUGGGAUAUCGUGGAGACCAUUGGGGAGGGGACCUAUGGCAAAGUCUACAAAGUCAUCAACAAGAAAGAUGGAAGUCAAGCAGCUGUGAAAGUUCUGGAUCCUGUUAAUGAUGUUGAUGAGGAGAUUGAGGCUGAGUACAACAUAUUACGCUCUCUUUCAAACCAUCCUAAUGUGGUAAAGUUUCUCGGCAUGUUCUAUAAAGCUGAUGAGUUCACUGGAGGACAGCUGUGGCUGGUUCUAGAGCUGUGUAAUGGGGGUUCAGUAACAGAACUGAUAAAGGGUUUGCUGAUGAGGGGAAAACGUCUGGAAGAACCUGUCAUCUCUUACAUCCUCUGCGGUGCUCUGCUGGGCCUCCAACACCUGCACAGCAACCGAAUAAUCCAUCGAGAUGUCAAGGGCAACAACAUCCUGCUCACCACAGAUGGAGGAGUCAAGCUGGUGGAUUUUGGUGUGUCAGCUCAGCUGUCGAGUGCACGCUUGCGCAGGAACACGUCAGUUGGAACGCCUUUCUGGAUGGCUCCUGAGGUUAUUGCAUGUGAGCAGCAGCUGGAUUACUCGUACGAUGCCCGCUGUGAUGUGUGGUCUCUAGGCAUCACUGCUAUCGAGCUGGCUGAAGGAGAUCCACCACUGGCUGAGAUGCAUCCUAUAAAAGCUCUGUUUAAAAUCCCAAGAAACCCAUCUCCUACACUUCGCCAUGCGGAUCAGUGGUGCAGGAGCUUCAGUCACUUCAUUGCUCAGUGCUUGAUAAAAGAUUUCGAGGCACGUCCUUCAGUCACCCACCUGCUGGAACACCCGUUUAUUAAGCAGGCUCAUGGCAAAGAUCCUGUACUCCGGAAACAGCUCUCAGCUCUUAUACAGAACCAACAGGCUGGCAGCUCCAGGACAAGGACAAGGACCAAGCAUGAACGGAUCAAUACACGAAAAACACUACUGAUUGAGAGUUUUCCUGAUGAUGACCUGGUGAACCUGGAGGCUUUAGAUGAGGAAACUAUAAUCACACAUCUUCAGAGGCGCUAUCAAGAACUGCAAAUAUACACCUAUGUUGGAGACAUUCUCAUCGCUCUCAACCCAUUCCAGCCUUUGAAAAUUUACUCACCACAGUUCUCUCAGCUGUAUCAUGGAGCAAAGUGCUCAGAUAAUCCUCCUCAUAUAUUUGCCACUGCUGACGCUGCUUACCAGGGGAUGGUAACAUUCUGCAAAGACCAGUGUAUAAUCAUCAGUGGGGAAAGUGGAGCAGGCAAAACGGAGAGUGCUCACCUCAUCGUCCAACAUCUCACUUUUCUGGGAAAGGCUAACAACCGCACACUUCGAGAAAAGAUCCUGCAGGUGAAUCCUCUGGUAGAGGCAUUUGGUAACGCAUGCACAGCUAUUAAUGAUAACUCCAGUCGCUUUGGGAAGUACCUGGAGAUGAAGUUUACACCCACUGGCGCUGUCAUGGGUGCUAAGAUCUUUGAGUACCUGCUGGAGAAAUCACGAGUCAUCAAACAGGCUAUAGGGGAAAAAAAUUUCCACAUAUUUUAUUACAUAUAUGCUGGUCUUUAUCACCAAGACAGUCUGAAGAAAUACAGGUUGCCUGAGAAAACAGCUCCAAGAUACAUUGACAGUGCAAAUGGCAAAGUGAUGCAGGACAUUGUGUCCAGCAAACUAUACAAAGACCAGUUUGAUGCCAUUCAGGACUGCUUCCGCAUCAUAGGGUUUUCAGAAGAGGAGGUGGCUUCUGUCUACAGAAUCUUGGCAGCUAUUUUAAACACUGGAAAUAUUGAGUUCACCUCCACAACCUCUCAGCACCAAACGGAUAAGAGUGAAGUUCCUGACUCUGAAGCCUUAGAGAAUGCGGCAGUUCUGCUGUGUAUAGGAGCAGAGGAGCUGCAGGAGGCACUGACAUCUCACUGUGUGGUAACACGUGGCGAGACCAUAAUCCGCACCAACACGGUGGACAAGGCUACAGAUGUGAGAGACGCCAUGUCCAAGGCCCUCUACGGCCGACUCUUCAGCUGGAUAGUGAACCGUAUCAAUGCCCUUCUGCAGCCGGACAUCAAGAGCUGCACUGCAGAGAGUGGGAUGUACGUGGGCAUCUUGGACAUCUUCGGAUUUGAGAACUUUAAGAAGAACUCGUUUGAGCAGCUGUGCAUAAAUAUUGCCAAUGAACAGAUUCAAUUCUACUUUAACCAGCACAUAUUUGCCCUUGAACAGAUGGAGUAUCAGAGUGAGGCCAUAGAUGCCAGUCUGGUAGAGUAUGAGGACAACAGGCCGAUUUUAGACAUGUUCCUGCAGAAGCCCAUGGGGCUGCUCUCACUGCUGGAUGAGGAGAGCCGUUUCCCUCAGGCCACGGACCAAACCCUUGUUGAUAAGUUUGAAGACAACUUGCGUCACAAGUACUUCUGGAGACCCAAACGUGUCGAGUUAUGCUUUGGAAUUCAGCAUUAUGCUGGAAAGGUUUUGUACAGUGUGAAUGGAUUUCUGGAGAAGAACCGGGACACACUCCCUGCAGACAUCGUGGUUGUUUUGAGAAUGUCUGAUAACAAAUUGCUGCAGCAGUUGUUCUCCAAUCCUCUCACCAAAACUGGUAACCUGGCCACCUCCAGAGCCAGAGUCACUGCAGCAUCCCGAUCCCUGCCUCCUCAGCUCCACGCAGGACGUAACAAGUCUCCUAGAUUACGGAAAACGGUGGACACCAUGGAGAUGAUGAGACACCCAGAGGAGACAACCAACAUGAGAAGACAGACUGUGGCUUCCUACUUCCGUUAUUCUUUGAUGGAUCUGCUGUCUAAGAUGGUAAUGGGCACGCCUCACUUUGUGCGUUGCAUUAAACCCAAUGAUGAUCGACAGGCUCUGUGCUUCUGUCAAGAGCGUGUGCUGGUGCAGCUACGAUACACAGGCAUCCUGGAGACAGUCAACAUUCGACGCCAAGGCUUCUCUCACCGCAUCACCUUUGAUGACUUUGUUAACAGGUACUACUACCUGGCGUUCCGUGCCCAUCAGAUGCCAGCAAGCAGCAAGGAAAAUGCUGUCAUUAUUCUACAGAAAGCCAAGCUGGACAACUGGGUUCUAGGCAGAACCAAGGUGUUUCUGAAGUACUACCAUGUGGAGCAACUGAAUUUGUUGUUGAGAGAGGUGAUGGCUCGGGUGGUGGUGAUCCAGGCCUACACUAAAGGCUGGCUGGGGGCGAGGAGAUACCGCAGGGAGAAAGAAAAGCGCAAUCACGCCGCAAUUAUCAUUCAGUCAGUAUGGAAGGGUUAUUUAUGCCGUCAACAUGUCAAGCAGAUUAAGCAGGAUCGGGAGAACGCAGCGGUGCAGAUUCAGUCAGCAUACAGAGCACACAGAGUCAGAAAAGAGUACAGACAGAGAAAGCAGCAGUCUUUGUCUGUUUCCAAAUCAACCAGGGACAGCACAUUUCAGAGAAGAGGCUCUGACGGUCAGCCCCAUAAGGACAAGGCUGUCUCUGUCAGCGGUGACAGACGGAGUGAAGUUGACAGUGAAGGGAAAAGCACAGCUGACACGUCUGUAGUGAAGACUGGUGGACAGAGGGACAAAGCAACACAUCACAAACAAGGUCCAGCAGUAAAGUUGCUGCAGCGCACCCCUCGGCGUCGGGGCCAGCAGCCCAAACUACUGAACAGCCCAGAGGACAGUAUUUACUACAGCCAGCUCAAUAGAGCUCUAGAUUACCAGGGGAGCAAGAGGAAGCCCAGAAAACUUGGCCAGAUCAAGCUUCUAGAUGGAGAGGAUGAGUAUUAUAAAUUGUUGUUGGCGGCAGAGUCUGUCCCUGAGGAAGAUUUUUCUUCUAUCCCUCCUCCUCCUCCUCCCUCCUCUCGUCCUGCUCCGAUUUCCCCGUUGAAGAGAGAAGCUCUGCUCACCCAGACCUGAAAGAAUAACACGUUACUGCUGCUGAGCUUCGACCCGAGCCCCAGCUUAGUCUACAGCAGGAUUGCCAUCUUCAAGUCCUGACCAUUGCUAAGGCAUUACAGUGUUAAAUCUUUCUUAUUUAAAGUGUUUACCCAUACUGUAUAUUUUUUAUAUAAAGAAUUAGACAAUACAUUUACAAUUUAACUUUCAGACAGAUGUGUUCCUGUGAUUUCAUUUUUAUAAUAAUAUUUUUCUUGCCAACUGCUGUAAAAAAAAAAAAAAAAAAGUUUCUGUUCAUAUGUCAUUUUUUAUCUUUAACCUUGUGUUUUAUGACAUUGCAUAUUUUAUUAAUUUCCUAAAUCUAUUUCUUUCUUUUUUCUGGGUAGGGUGGUGGGUCAUGUCAUUUACUUGUUUAGGACUUCUCAACCAAACAUGCCUUACCACAGCACAGUGCACAAAUGCAAACCCAGAACUGUCCGUACUCCAGGCGAGUGCAGUUCAUUAUCCCAUUUUUUUUUUCAGGAGGGUCUCUGGUGUUAAAAUGUUUGAAACAAUUAGUAAAAUACCAUUUGAGAUCUAAAUAAAAAUUAACUUAUGAACUGAAUCCAGGCAUCUCUCAUUUGAUCUUAUAAUGCAUAUGGCACUGCUGCAUUUUUCUCUUAAAGCAGCAAAGUUAAGCACGACAAAAAAGACAGACAUAGUACUAACCUAAUGUGAAAGAUUUUUUUUUUAUGCUAGUAGAGUCUCUAUUCCAGUCAUAGACAUAUUGUGCAACUAUGUUUGAUCUUCACCAUUUUUAACUCCACCUGUUUCCUGGCUGGCAUGCAUGGUACCCAAGUAACGAGUGGGACCAAAUUCUCCACUGACAAUUACAUUAUGGCUAUCUUAGCCAAGAUAAUAGUAACAUCAUGGAGAAUCAUGAAUAAUGGGUAAGGGGUACUGCAUUGUCCUGUGGAAAAGAUAUGCUUGAAUGAGUCCUGCCUUCGAAAAAUACAGAUAAAACUUUGGUCUUAAUAUUGCAACUUGUUGUCAGUGUUUAUGUGCAUGCUUUUUCAUCAGCUGAGUUUUGUACCACCUUGGCAAAAAAAAUAAUA